UGCUCUGAAAAUACAAAAUUAAAGUUCAGUCCUCGAAAAGAUUGAAAUUACUGAAAGUGUUUCCCCUUUCCUGCUACUGCCACCGCUCGCUGUUUCUGCGGCUUCAUCCUCGCAACUUUAUCACUCCCAUCACAUGAAGUGAAGAGAGGGGUUUCCUUUUCGUCAUCAAAUCGAACACUAGUUGCUGCUGUUCCAACAUUAGCCGUUGCCGAAAGCAGAGAGAGAGAGAGAGAGAGAGAGAGGCAAAGACAACAUGAAAGCUUCUUCCAGUUUUCUCCUCAAAACCCAUAUUCCUUCCUCCAUUUUACUCCUCACAUCCUCCAAAGUAAAACCCAGUGCCAAAUUGCACCCAAACUUGUGCUUCUUCUGUAAGAGCAUCCAAACUGAUUCAUAUCAAGUUGCUGAUGGAAGUUAUGUUCCCACUCUUGACCCCACAAAUCAAAACAAAACAAUGGAAAGGCCACCUAGAACCGUUGAAUCUAUUGGAGCAUUUCAAAAGUUGCCUAUAGUGAUGCCAUCCAUUGAUAUUCUUGGGUCAGCACUCAGAAAGGCAAAGAGGGUUCCUCCAACAAAAGGAAUUCCCAAUAUUGCAAAAAGAGAGAGAAACAAGGGUGCAAAACAACUUGACGCGCUCAUGAAAGAACUUGCUGUUCCCUUGAGGACAUAUGUGGAAAAUUUUCCUAACAAAACACAUCUUCAUCCUUAUGAAAGGUCUCUUGUUGAGCUGACGCUUGGAGAUGGACACUAUGAAAAGGUGCUACGGAGUGUAGAUGAUUUGAGGAAGAGGGUAGUAUUAGUUGGAAAGGAACAAGCUUCACUUUGUGCUAAGUCUACGACGAAGCGAGAAGCAGAGGAAAGACUGAAUGAGGGUCUUAAGAAAAUUGAAGAGAUUUUUGCUCAAGAACGGGAAGUUGUUGACAAUUUGUUAGACAUAGCCAAGACUUUGAGAGCAAUGCCUGUAAUAAAUUUGGAAACACCAACUCUCUGCCUUGUUGGAGCUCCAAAUGUAGGCAAAUCUUCCUUGGUCCAUGUACUCUCUACUGGCAAGCCUGAGAUCUGUAACUAUCCCUUCACAACAAGAGGUAUUCUUAUGGGUCAUAUUGUUUUAAACUAUCAGAAGUUUCAGGUAACGGAUACUCCAGGCCUGCUGAAGAGACAUGAUGAUGACAGAAAUAAUUUGGAGAAGUUGACCCUUGCUGUCCUUUCACAUCUACCAACAGCAGUUUUAUAUGUUCAUGACCUUACUGGAGAGUGUGGAACCUCACCUUCUGAUCAGUUUUCGAUAUACAAAGACAUGAAAGAAAGGUUUACUGGACACUUAUGGCUCAAUGUUGUGUCCAAAUCUGAUUUGUUGAGGACGUCUCCUGUGAUAUAUGCAACGGAAGAGCCUCACUGUGCAGAACAAGAGCUGGAGAAGUACCGGAAAUCAGGUCCUGAUGGAGCUAUUAAUGUAUCUGUGAAAACGCAAGAAGGACUACAUGAGCUGAAGCAGAGAGUGCAUGAGCUGCUUAAGUUACAGAUGGCCAAGAUCAAUUAUAUAAGCAGUGACCAAGAGAAGUGAAAGGUGCCACUCUAAGGUUCAACUUGGUCAAAUUGGGAGGUUGAAAUAUUCAUGAGCUGUAAAAUUAGGCAAGCUAUGUAACCAGCCUGCAAACAGGAAAAAAAAGCUUCAUUUCAAGGCUCCAGAAUUAGGAAUUCUAAACUGAGGGAUGACACUCUGAGCACCUGAUUAUACACACUUGUUUGGUUGGCUUUCUUGAGGGGAUCUUGCUUCCAAACAUAUUAGACCUCUUGAAGAAACAAGAAAUGCUUGUUUCUUGCUUGGCUUUACAGUAAAUCUGGCCUUGAUUUUUUAAUUUGUUGUCUUUGGUUGUAACCAUGUUGUAUCUUAAAUUCAUCAUCAAGCCAUCAUUAAUUGUUUUAACA